AUGUCGCUCGAUACGCUCCCGCCCGAGAUCCUCGAGCAGAUCGCGUUCCAGCUCGCGACCGACCCGGUCCUCGGUCCGCCCGCGCACCUCCGCGCCUUGCUCCUCGCCGGCCGCACGUUCUACGACGCGCUUUGCGUGGAUGCGAACCCGGUGCUGUAUGCGGGCGUGUUCGCGGCCAAGUUUGAUCGGAGGCGGUUGUGGUACCGCGGACCGGGAGGGAGGGGAGGAGGCGGAGGAGGGGCGGUGGGGGAGGCGGAGGAGCUGAGGAGGAGGUGUGGGGUGUUGGGGAGGGUGAAGGCGAGGCGAGGAUGUUAUCGCCGUUUGGAAGCACGCUGGGACUCAGAGGGGGAGGGGGAGGGAGAGACGAGGGAGAUACUAUGGACGGCGUACCUGAUGAUGCUGGAGAACGACGGCGCGAACGAGAGGCAUCUGAGGCAUGCUGGGAUAGACGGAUGGUUGAGGGACUUUUGGGCGCAUGCGGAUGGGGCGAGCGGCGUCGCGCGGUGUAUGAGCGAGGGACGGUGGCCGGAGGACGGGGACGAGACCGCGCUCGGGAUGUGGUUAUUCUGGUUCUUGUUCAAGCCCGAAAAGUACAAGGACGACCACGAGCUGACGCGGCUGCUCAAGAUGUUCGCGCUCGGGGCGCACAAGUACCCGCUCUGUGAGCCGUCCUGGGUCGAUUUCCGUCCCCCGCCGCUUCCGCCCGUGCCGGAACACAGUCUCGUGCCGCACUACGGCGCGCGUAUCGUGCUGCGCCCGCCGCCGCUCGCGGUGCCCGCCAUCCUGUCCUACCUCGCUCUCGUCAACCGCCGCCCGGCGUCGUCGACGGCGGCGCAUAUCGCGACGCUCGCGACGAUGCCGAUACCGCCCACGGCGCCGGCGACGGUGGCCGUCAUCGGCGGGGCGAGCAGGGGCGGCGAGUGCGCGUGCGAGUGGGGGCGCUGUCUCGCGCUCGGCGGCGGCGGCGGCGGUGGCGACGGGCGGCCGUUCAGGCCGGGGAGCUUGGAGGGCGUGUGGGAGGGGAUGUUCAUGUACUCGGAGUUCCCUGCGUACGCGGCGCUCCUGGCCGGCGCGGCGCCGGAGGUGUUGUAUCGCAGCUCGGUAGCACAGCAUCGGCAGACGUGGAAGCUGCGAGAGUACCAUUAUCGCCGGCGACGACGCGGGGGGUCGAGUUGUGGAUGCGAGCGAUGGGGGGAUGCGGAUGCGGAUGAGACGCGAGGGGAGGAAGGGAAGAAGGAGGAGGGGGAGGGGGAGGUGGGGGAGGGGGAGAUGAAGGGCCCGUUGCCGGCGGGGAAUCCGCUCAGGGGGUAUUUGUCGCCUGGGACGCGGGUGGAGGAGGAGAGUGGACGGACGUGGAUUGAGUUUAGGAGGAGCGAGGGGGCGGUGAGGUAUGUCCGCGCGGGGGAGGGCGAGGGCGAGGGCGAGGGCCAGGAGGAGGAUGGAGAAGAAGUGCAAGAUGUGGUGGUGACUGGCGAGGGUCAUUCGGCGUGGGGGCAGUUUAAUCUCCUUGGACGCGUCAGGCCGUGCGACGGGUUCAUCACGCUGUCCAAGAUAUACAUUGACGGAGACCGCGGCGAAUGGGUGUACAGAGGUUACCUCGUCGGCGAUGCGUACGGAAAUCUCGCUGGCAGGUGGAGAGACAGUUUGACCCCCGUCGGCGAGCAGGGGUAUGAAGGAUGCUUUGCGAUGAGCCGUAGGAGGUAA